GUUUUUAUAUUAUCAAAGAACAUAACAGAUGAGCUCCGAGUGAUUUGAUGUAAGAAAAAGCAACAAGGAAGUUCUUAACCAAGAAACUUUCUUGCACCAGAGACACAGAUCUGGUGGAAUCAUGUCCAAAACACCACUCCCUGAUUACAGCCAGUUAGCGAGAUGGACUGUCAACGACGUCUGCACAUGGCUUAUGGAGAAUCGGUUUGGAAAUUUUGUUUCACAGUUUCGAGAACAUGGCAUUGAUGGUGGAAGAUUUGCAAAUUUAAAAGAUGUGGAUUUGUCACAAAUGAGAUGUCCGCUUAAUAAACGAACUGAAUUAUUAAAGUGCAUCAGAAACAUCCCCAACAGAGACAUAACGCCUCCCACUUUACAGAGACCAGUAGCCACGUUCACCUCCUCCAGACCACCGAUCCCUUCACGAAUAGAAGACAGGCAUCCACCACCCGUACCUUCCACUAAUGACGUGGACUCCGGAUCGGAUGAUGACUAUGAAGCUUGGGACGAAUUCGAUGAUUUCGAUUCUCCGGAUGAAGAUUACAUAAACGAGCAGGAAAACCAGUUAUUGAAGAAGCCAAAUUCAAGAAUUCCAGUGGAACCACCCGAGCCCCAGGAGGACUAUGCUAACUAUAGCCCUGAACAAAGCGAAGAGGAAAGUAGUGUAGGACACAGCAAGAAUGGUCACUCUAUCGCCGAUUCCUUAAGGCACGCUCUAGAACAGAGAAAUAGAGUAAACCAAAGUCAGCAACGACAAGAACGACAUCAACAGCCUCCAGAGCCUGCCAUUCCACCUAGACCCGCCAGACCAGGAAAGGGAGGCGAUCGUCCCCCUCCACAAAUCCCCCAUUCGCCGCUACCUCCCAGAGGGGGGAGACAUGGCAGAGGACCAGCACCUCUCCCAGAGCCUGAGGACCAACCUUCUUAUAUAGAAACAGAUGACCCUUUACUGAAUCAGCCAGAUUAUGAGGUUCCUGAGGAGGUGUCCUCCCCUGCCCCCAAACUUCCAAAAUCCCGUCCCCCUGUUAAACCUCCACAAGUCAUUGAUGAUCAGCCAACAUAUGAAGACCCCGAUGAAACAGACAAUAUACCUGCACCUCCCCCCAGUCGAGGCGGACGGCGACCUCCUCCUAAACCCGCUGAACCUCCUCCCAUGCCACAGGAUAUGCCCGAGGAUUUUUAUGAAGACCCAGAUGAAUCUAACCCGGUUCCCGCUCCUGUACCGGACAGAUCACGGGCUAAAAUGCCCCCACUUCCUAAAACCCAGAAAGACCCACCAAGCCUAAACAGGACGGUGUCAGAACCUGACAUUCCGGCUCCUCCUCCUCCUCGUGCUGGCCAAGGAAAAAACAAAAAGAGGCAACCACAGCCCUUACCAUCAGAACCUCAGGAUAGCGAUGACUCGAGCUCGAAGUGGAGAUCUAAAAAGAGUGAUUACGAAAAGCCUGAGUCCAACCGCCCCCCUGCAACGUCAAAUAGCAAACCACGACAGAGGGCUCCGCCACCCGCUAAACCACCAGAAGAUGACUAUAUGGCGAUGGCAGGCAAGGAUCAGAAAAGUGACGAUGAAGAAGAUUAUGAGAAACCUGAUCCAGCGGAAUUACCACCAAGGUUACCUCCUUUACCAUCAGAACCCAAAGCUGGAUUAAAAUCAAAAGUGCGUCCGGCAAUACCGUCUCAUUCAACUGAAUCUGGCAAAAAGCUUCCAGCAGGUGCAGUUCCUAUUAUUGGUUUACAGCCAGAUGUCUCUGAUUUGCCUAAAGCAAAACACGCAUCAAGAGAGGAGAAGGCACAACCACCUGUACCAUCGUCAAAGACCCCCCACAGAGGAUCUCAAGAAGAGAACACAUUCCCACCUGUCCCUACAUCAAGGACCCACCAACGAACCACACAGAUCAAUGAGGGGAGGUCCUUACCCCCAACUCCUACAGACCAUAAAGGAAUCAAACCCCAAGGAAGAGGUUCUGUAAUAGAUCGCCGUCCACCACCAGUUCCCGGCAGUGAGGAUGAUAUUUUUCAACAUGAUUGGUACCAGAAUGUCAACAGAGCGGAGGCAGAUGAAGUAUUAAAGAAUUUUGGAAAGAACGGAACGUUUCUGAUUCGACCCAGUACUAAGGAUGGACAACCCUUCACUCUACAGAUCUACAACAACACCAAAGUGUAUAACCUCCCCAUACGGCAAAGGACGGAUUCCAAAUUUGCCCUUGGGAGGGAGAAGAAAGCAGAGGAGACAUUUAAGACUGUGAUGGAUUUGGUGAACUUCUUCAAAAAACACACAUUAAUCUUAGCUGCCGGUGGAGAUGGCCAAACAAGACUAAAACAUAGCUGCCCCCCAAUUUAAGAUUUACUUUUAUAUGUCACGUGAGUAAAUCAAGUGGUCUGUCACUUGAUUGAAUUUGGUUACCUAUUGUCAUCCGUGCCCCUCAACCGUUAACUUUUGAACAUCUUGGCUUCUUCUACGAAAUUACUUAACCAUUUGUCACCAAAAUAUGUAGGGGUAGGUGAACUAAACUUGUGAAUUUCAUAGUCACUGAUCUCUUAGGACUCCGGAGAUAGAGCCCAGACUUUUUCAAAACAAAAAAUGAGGUUAUCUUUAUUUAUUUUCGUUGACUUUAUUUUAUUUUUUUCUUCUUUCAAAUCAUGCAGCACACAACUGAAUGCAUAGAUAAAGUAAGCAUGGAUGCCUCAACCAAAAGUUUGUAAAAUCUUUGUAGGGUUGUAAAAAAAGGGGGGGGUAGAUUUUGCACAUUUUUAUACAUUGCUUGAAUAUUCCUUCGGUCCUGAACAUCUAGCGGCCAAACUAGGCGCAUAGUUAUAAGCCCUGCAACUAAGAUUAGGUGAUGCAUUCUUGUAAGAAUGUUUAAAAAUGACUUUGUUAAACACCACUCUGACUCUAUGGUACUUUGAAGCUGAUAUUAAAAAGAUGCUGGAGUUCCUCAUUGACAAUAUUUUCGUAAUCUUUGGUGACCAGGUCUUUCGACAGUCUGUUGGAGUUCCCAUAGGCACGAACUGUGCUCCUUUAUUAACUUAGCUUUCUUUGCAUUCUUGCGAGGCAGAAUUCAAUAAAAAAAACUUUACACAGAAGUAAAAAUCUCUUGCUGUGACCUUUAGACAUAUCGACAACGUUUUAUCUACUAACAACAACCCUCAAGCAUAAUUACGUGGAUUCGAUAUAUCCCAGUGAACUCAAAAUAAAAGACACCAAAGAAUAUACCACAUUUGCUUUAUACUUACGUAUUUUAUUGAACAGGGCUUAGAUGUUUUAAAACGGUAAACUAACAACUCAACUUUAUGACAAAUGGGGUGACUUCACCUGCAUGUGAUGUUUAUGUCUCUCAACAGAUUCGAUACGCAAGAGCUUGUUCUGCGUAUGAGCAAUUUUCAAAUCGAGGCACUUGAGGCAGGCUUCUUACAAACAAGUUGAUAUAACAGAGGUUUCAACAGUCAGCAUUUCGAAAAUUCGAUGGUCGAUAUAACGAUCUGCGUUUACAAUACAACCUGUCAUUAGGUCAAAUGCUAUCUGGCGUGUUUCAUACCAAUUGUUAGGCCGUUCUUUAUACACUUAUUUUGAGUAAGGAUUACUCCUAAUCAAAAUAUAGGGCUCACGGCGGGGCUUACUCCUCCUCCGCAUCUGAUCCCACCUCUGAUAUGACCAGUGUUUGCCCUACGUUUAAGUAUGUAUUCUUUAUUGGAGUUACGAGAUUGAUCACUGUUCGUUAUCUUCACCUUUUCACAUAAGGAGAAUGUCUGACCGCCUGUCUGUAAUUUGUAAUUGGAAAACUGUUACAAUCUGAAUUUUGUCACAAAAGUUACUUUUGACUAGACAAUGUUAUAUAACCACUAGUAUGGUCAUUUGUCCAAGACCAAGGUCACCAGUUAGAAGAUAAAUGUCUUAGGCCACGACUUUGUAAUGGAGAAAUAUUAGAAGCUCAUACUUUGUAACAAUAGUUUGCUAAUGGUCAAGCAGUGUAUGUUGACUUCGAACCAGUGCCAUUUAACUAAAGUCAAUAUCACGGUUCUGAAGCUUAAGACACUUUUCUCUGGACUGUAGAUUACAAUGGAUUAGUAUUAGACGCUAGUUCUUGGCAUAAAAUUUGAUAAUAACCAGACAACGUAGUAAGGUAAUUUGGUUAAUGUCAAGUUCACUCAUGAAAAGGUUAGAAAUAUUGUUUUCCUGUUGUUUGUUUUACAUCCUUUUAAAAUGUUUCGCUUACAUGAAGACAUCACCAGUUUUAAAUGAAGUGCCUCAAAUUUAGGUCUACAAAGCUCUCGUGGCCAUAUCAGUGAGGGUUCGUAAACGUGUAAACUCCUGUCGCGACUCUGGGUCUAUUUUGUAAAGUCUGAGACUCUUCUAAGUGGUCCAGAGUGUUGACUACGGAUGUUAAUAUCUCGGGUUUGAUGCGACCAAGACAUGAACAUGAGAAAUUUUGAAUUUGAACAAAUUAUUUGAACAUAAUAGAAAUUAAAACAAAUUUUUUCUUGAAUGUAAUAAUAGAAGUAAUGACUCUUCCUUCUGGUCACUAGAAAUCAACACUUCUAUCUGGGAUUUUUGUUGUGCGAUACUCGAGAGACCGUUAAAGUCCAUGAACCAUUUGAUUUUACAUUGUAUGUCAGUAUACUAGUAUACUACUGACGGCAUUUUGUGGUGUACACACUGGCAUGGAACCAAACAAAAAUAAUUGUUUCGAGUGCAGAAACGGAAGAAAACAUUUUUGUAUCACUGCGAAAAACAUUAAAAUAUAUUUUCAUGUAUGUAUUAGUUUUUAUACACAGAAUUUCAACACAAACAAAAGUAUACUUUUUAUAGAAAAUUGUGUUUGUUCUUUAAAUGCUUUUUAAAAAUGUGUUCUAUUUGUUUAAAGAAGAAGGGGGCCGAGUAGCCCAAACUCUUACUUAAUCUACAUGUACCUGCAAAACAGUAAAACAAACAAAAAGAAAAUCAACUCGCCCACGUUUCGGAAUGGAAUGAUAAUGCAUAGAAAAUGGGUACAAUUUGUCCAGAGUAUGUUUAGCCCCAUCCUCCUUUGAAAUUGGUUCUCACGGGCAUGCUAGAUACGGCUUUCAAGACAUAACGCCUGUCGCACGUAUUUUAGUGGUUUGCAGGUGUAUCGUGAUAUAAUAAUUAUAUUAAUUUUAUAAUUUUUUUAAUGAAAUUAUACAUUCCUUUGCUUAUACGUAUGUCAUUCGAAUGUUUGAAACUAAAGUUAUGAGAGUCAUAUAUAUAUAUAAUUAUAGCUUGAAUGAUGAUACUUUGUGAAAGUAUUUUAUUUUUGUAUACAAUGUAUAUGAAAAUAAACAUAUUACAUGUGCAAA